UGAUCGUUACCUCGUGACCAUGCUCGAAAAACCCUCAGAGUAUCACGGAUCUCUGGUGUGGAGGCACGUAUGAUGCACCGGGUGGCUGUUUUCGAGCGUGAAACCCGCGAACGUGAAUGGCGAGCGUAUACGCGCGAAGCACAAGGGGGGUCUUGAGUGGGUCUAGCGCCAAGAGCCAAUAACCGCCCUACAUCGCGCUUUAUCAUUAUCGUUGAGGGAAAACGUUGUUCGAGUCGAUGUUGAAAGAGAUUCUGACCCGGUAUCCGGAAAUCGACUGACGAAAAUGACGAAAAUCGAAAAGUAUUAUCGAGAACGUAUCGAUGUAGAAAAAUGGAAGAGAUGGACUAUUUUUAAAAACUCCCUCUUACGAUCAGAUGAAUGGUGGAAAGUAGGAAGGAAUAAAAAAAAGAGAAGGAAAAAGGAAAAAGAAAGAAUCGUUGCCUGAUCGAUCGAAUCGAUCGUCAUUGAGAAGUAAAUAAACGUGGCAAAAAUGAGUGGAAUGGUUGGAUGAUCGAGUGGAGAAGGCCGAAGUAUGACGAGGAAUGGCGAGGCACGUAUAAGCCACGUACCGGGUGUUCGCAUCGCGCAGAAGCGCGUCUGGUUAAAGAGAAGGAGGAAGGCUCGAGCUUGCACGUAUAUAGGAGGCUCGCGAGCCGAGCACCGGGAGUCAAUGACCGUUCUACAUUGACGCGUUGCGCCGGCCCGAGUGCCGGCUGAGUUGAGUAAAGUCACGGCCAGCCAUCAGCCGUGAGAUUCCCUCCCUUCGCUUCACUUUGCUUGCGCUAUAGCCUUGCUCUACCUGUCGACAGCCCCGAGCUACUCUUGAGCACGAUCAAAACACACUUUUCCCACAACGCGCAACUUCCGUUUUCAUCACUUUUCCGUUCCAUUUUCUCUUUUCUCUUCCUCGAGCGCGUCGUUUGAAAUUUUUUUAACACAUAAUUCAUCUAUCGAUUUAGAUUUAAUAUCCUGUCCCCCCCCCCCUUUCCUCCGCCUCGUUAAAAAAAAAAGAUUCGAAUACCGACGUAUCUCGGUUAUAUUAUUAUACUUGCACAUUAUUAUCGAGUUUCGAAAGUUUUGCUGAUUUUCAAAAAAUUACAAAUUUUUAAAAUCUGAUUUAUUUAUUUAUUUCGUCGAGUUCACGCUCACCUCGCUCGAUCCCUCGAAUUCAAUUUAAAUCGUCGGUGGCGAGCACGUUGAAGAUUAUAGUUUACAUCCAAAAAGGAAAAGGACGAAAUGGUUGCGUGGUCUGAAACGCGGCAGCUGAUGGGCUAUCUCGAAAGAGUGUAAAACAGGAAGUUGUUCGAUAGGAAGGUGUACGAACAACGCUCGAUCGUGAACAAAUUCGACGCGGUCUCGAUACGAUUUUAUGUACUUCCUGGAUCACUUUUUCCCAAUGUCCACCGGGUAAUUACGUAUCGAGGUUAAAUUUAGCGUUCAAGGCUGACCUAUCCUUUACUCUCUCCACGGCAAUAAACGCAGUUUACUAUCGUCGCGAUACCGGAGGAAGGUACACUUACCUAGAAAAUAUACCACGUAAAAUUUCCAUUUUCUCGAGUACCCGUGAACGACUUUGAAUAAGCAACAACUAGCUAGCUAGAAGAACGAUUGCCGUUGGAGCAAGUAUGCCGAUUUGCAAUUCAAAACGGUCGCGCAGUUAACUUCUAAUUUCUUCUUAAUACCACGAACGAUUUAUCACCAGGAUUUUCGCAGCAUCCUUUCCUUUCUUUCUCUUUCUCUUUCUCUUUCUCUUUUCCCUCUCGUUGAAGAAAUCUCGGAGGGGAAAAAGUUGAAAAAUCGGACAAUUUCGAUAAAUUUCGUCCUUGAUUAAUCGAACGAUCGUUCGGUGAAACGAAGGGAAAUUAUUUCGUUUCAUCCGGCUCGAAGCGCGAUUAAACCGGUAAUAUGCAGAGGCGAGGAGCGAGCGAGCGAGCGAGCGAGCAGUCGGUCGGUCGAGCGCACUCGUUCGUUAUAUAAGGUGAAAGGGCGACUGACAUUGACAUUGAAGUUCGUGCUAUUCAAUGCGGAAACGGACAAACUCCGUUAUUUAAUCUCUUUCACAACGAUUACGAGGAACGCUUUAUCGGCCAGAGGUAUCGACCGGAAGCGCAAAUGCGCGUUACGUGUUCCAUCGAACGAGCCCGACUGCGGUCCUCGCCACGCGUAACAAAAUAUCAUUUUUUUUCCUCACGAUCUUAUCGAAACAUCCGUUAACGAGUAAUACCUCUCUCCCUCCACCCUUUCCACCGCGUAUUGAUCUCACGUUUGCGCGUGAAACGGUCGAUACGAAUCGUUUCGUCGAAUAAUUCCUUUUUCGAAAAAUUCGUUUAAUCAAGGUGUCGGGGCCCUCCCCCUCUCGAGAGAGGUAGAAGCUCCUGGAACGAGAUAUAGGAGUGUAUGCCUGACCUGCCUUACGCCACGCGAGUCGAGCACAAUACCCCCGAAUAACCGACGCUCUUAUCUGGCUACGACAAUUUCUCCGGCGUCGUGCCGCAGGUCGGUGACGUGCACAACUCGGUUGUAUCAGGGUCGUCAUCCAAGAUCCGGAUGCUAAUAAUUUCCCCUGCGUGUUCCUUCCUCCUUUCUCUCUUUCGUUCUUUUUCUUUGAUUCGUUCGCUACGUACACAACCCGAUAUAAUAUAAAUUCCAUAGCGAUUAUAUAUAUAUAUAUGUAUCCCCAGAGGAGAGGAGGGGAGGGUCCCCGCCCUCUGGAUUUUCACUUUUCAAAAGUGGAUUUUACGCGAACCGUGAAGAAAUUCAUUGUCGUCGGGGAACAGGGACGGGAGAAAGAGCGAUUCACGAGCGUUGGUCCUUUGUGCCUUCGGUUGAAAAGCGGCGAACGAGGCCCGCGACCGUGUACGCACGUGGAACAACAAUUCGUUUCGUUGCGGGGCGCGCAAAUGUUCCACCGGCGCGAGUUCCUUUCGCGAAAUAGGUUACAUGGACAAAGGAGGAGCGAAAAGACCGCAGGAAUGCGGAGGGAAAUUUUCGAAACGGUACAACCGUGUUCCUCCUCGCUUCCCAAUGCGCAAACUGAUUGCCCGUUCGUUUGCUUUUUACCGUGGCAAAGCGAAUAGCGAACGCGAGAACGUUUCUUCGAGCGGUCAGCUUUUCUCUCUUAGCCUCCUUUAUUAUUACGUUUAUGUUUUUCUUUUCUUUUUCUUUUUUCCUCCCCUUCCCCCUCUUUUGUUGCUCUAUUGCCACGAUUUUGAGAAAACCGAGUCUCGGUUUGGAAGAAGGAAGAAAUGCGGGCGGAGAAUUAAUCUCGUGCGAGCAAGGACACCGUUACGCAGUCCAUUUUGUAACAAGAUGUGCGGGCCCGCUGCGAUUUCUGCUAUUACAAAAUGGGUUGUCGCGGUACGACGAGUGGCAAGUUCAUCGACCGUGCAGGAAAAUGAAAAUCCGCCUUUCCUUCGCUGGAAAUCGGGCACACGGCAAAAGGGAAUCGAACACGCGCCGAACACCAACAUUUCGUUCGUUCCUUCGUUCCGAAGCGUUUCGUUUCGAAGAUAAAUGUCCACUUCUAUGCGCGUUUGACGGCUCGUCGCCGAGUCGGUUCGAGGUGAAAGAAUGGAAACUGAGCGUAAAUUGUCUUUGAGGAAACAAUGCCGACAGCCUCGAAGUGUGCUAUUACAAAAUGGGUUAUGCAGCGCGCGAAGAGAGUCAAGUUCAAUAACCGACGAGAAUGGAAACCUGCGACCUAGUACAAAUUCAUUUCACUCGUGCGCGUAAAAAUCUCGCCGAUUUCUUUCUCCGCUCUGACAAUUCUCCAAGGAUCUCGCCAACGAUGGAUGGAUCGAGAGAGAGAGAGAAAACAACAAAUUUUUCCUCGCGCAUCCUCGUGAAUAAAAAAUUUUCGCGAAAUUUGUUGUUUACCCGAAGGAAAUCUCCGGCUUGGAUACCGAGAUAAAUCGUCCGAGGCGAAACGACAGCUGUAUUAAACGCGAGCGAUCAAGCGUACACGUGAAUUUGGGAAAAGGAUAGCGGUGCGCCACGGUUCGAAGUGUGCUAUUACAAAAUGGGUUAUGCAGCGCGCAAAGAGAGUCGGGUUCAACAACCGACGAGAACGGUGAACCGAGGCGCGCAGGCCGGUAGCGAAAAUGAUAUAGCGGUCGUCCGUGACUCCACGGCGUACGUAGAGGAGGUCCUCGGCCGAGAACAGAAAGAACAGAAAGAGAGGGCAGACCGGCGAGCCAGCCGGUCGACCUCCACCACUGCCGUAGUCUGCCGAUCACGUGUCCCCAUUGAAAGCUGGCUGGCCACGUACGGCCUGACGUCGAUCACAACUACUCGAGAGCGGCGCUCUGCCUUGGCGCGCCACGUUGCUUCCAGCGCGGCCGACCAGCCAUCGUCCGUUUCCACUUGUACUUUUGCGAAACGAUACGCGCUGCUAUGCCGUCGGACCACUUUUAAACCUCUACUUCGUUCCUAUUUGGGUCACGGAGCUCGACCAUCUUUUCCUUAUUUAUAUAAAUACAAAUAUCCGACAUUUUUCGCGCAACAUUUUUCUUUUUCCUUUUUCCUUCUUUUCCUUUCCUUUUAUUCUCGAUGAAUAACGAAUCUUAAUCUCUUCGGGGAUAGCGCAGGACGUCAAAGACGCGCGUUACGACAGUUUCCUGGAAGAAGAAGUUCAACGAAAGUUUCUUCGUUUCGAAAUGCGGCUCUUUUAAACGAGAUCGAUUAAAAUUUUUACGACACUUUUCAUCCUUGUAAAGAGAGGAAACGGAGUAAUGAAAGAAGAGGGGAAGAUACGAGUUUCGAACGGCACGGUUCAGCCAAGAGGAAAAAUUGGCUUUGGUCACGGUCCGUUCGUGACUUCAUCGAGGACGAGGAACAGGAGAGCAACGAGCACCGUUCGACCAUCCAGAGUUGUCCCGUCCGAUCGAUCGAUGGAAAGAAUACUUGGAAUUCAGGGCCGUCUACGUCGCUCGCGAUUAAUCACGAUCGGCUCGGCGUAACGCCCGCAUCCCCUCCCUCCCCUCGAUACGAGGAGAAGACGAAACUCUCAAGGUUCAACGAAUUCCGUUCCUUCGACUCUUCGAGGCGUUGUUGAUGAGGAGGUGUUGUUGCGAACGUGUUGAAACGCAGACCUGUUCGCCCGAUGUCUCUGACCCGGCAGCCUCGAUUCAUCUCUUCACCUUUGGGUUACAUAAGAAUCGCGGAGAACGUUACCAUUCGUCACCAUUAAUCCAUCCCGACAUUUACAACCGAAUUGUCGAUCGCGACAACUAGUUGUCCGCGACUUUCGUUUUUGGACUGACCCCUUUCCUCCAUCCAACUCGUUCUUUUCUAUUUUCGAGAAUACGAAAGAAAAAAUGGUAAAAAUAGCGACGAUAACGAGACGACGUAACGAAAAUAAUAAGUGGAGGAAAAGAGGAGAUAAAGCUGAGAGAGAGAGAGAGAGAUAAGGGGGGAAAAAAUCGCGGCAGGCCGAAGACCUACCGAAAACGAAUUCGGUUUUACUUUUGGCCUCGCCUUCGUCGGCCGUGCAACGGUGCUUUUACGCACCUGUACACGCAUAGAGCCGUGCAUAGUGGCCCACGUGUAAACGUCUUCACGUAUUCAUGGUUUUACGACCGUUUGGUAGUCGUAGCUGUGUACCGGUACCUCGGUGUACACAAGCCUAUGUACAGUUAGGCGAGUGACGCGGUUUGGUUUCGACGUCGGUACGUGGCGAUAUGCAGGGGCGGCGGAUGCAGGUAAGCCUCUCGAUGCCUCGUAGCGGCUAAUUUUUCUUCUUUUUCGUCUUCCUCCUCCUCUUCUCCUCCUCUCGAUUUAUAAUCUUCGAUUUCGGGGGUUAUUGGGGUCCUCGACAAACGAGUAAGAGAAAAAUCGCGAGGAAAAAGGAAGAGAAAGAGAGGAAAACGAGGGAGAGGCGAGGCGCGAAGGAAAGCGCGUGGAUUGGCCGGAGGUAAGGAAGGUGUAGGAAACUUGGCUGGCUCGUUUAGGAAGAUUUUCGCGCAUGGCUGGGAGCACGAUGCGUUCAUAAAGUUCGUUCACCGCCGUCGAACACUGUCUCCGUCCGUCUAUCCGUCCCUGUCUGCGGAUCCGCGUGUGUACAUGUGUGCACGCGUUGCGUAUAGAAUAUAGGCGCAAAAGGGGGUCCCCUAUGGGGGUAUCGGAACCUCGUUACUCAGCGCACCAUGCCUAUAGCGAUGGUCCAAGUCCAAGUCCAAGUAGACCUCCAAGUGGGACAAUGACCGGCAGAGACCUUCUUUCAGAUCCGUGGCGAGAGAGAAUGGAAGGUGGCGGUGAACGAGGAGAAAGAAGGACGGAGCGAGGCAGCGCGUAGAGGAGAGAAAGGGGAGGGGCAAUCGCGAACUCACUUCGCUAAUUCACUUGCUCGUUGCUUUUCCGGUUUACAUUUUGCUACCAGCCGGAGAGUACGUCGGCCUUUAAACGGACGACGACGACGACGAGGACGACGACGGCGGCGGCGGCGGCGGCGAGGCCAGGUUGAGAAACGCGGCGGGAAACGGGACUUUGGAUUUUCGCCCAAUUUUCGGAUCGAACCCUCGCUCGAACGAACCCAGCCCCUCGAUCGAGCAAUCGACAGCCGCUAUCCUCGAUUCGAGAGAAUUUUUAUCGGUCGAGUCCGCCCCGAUUUUCGAAAUAAAUCUGCACCACGAGCGAAUUGUUUUUAGAUAGCGGAGCUUGGGUGUAUCUCGGUGAGAUGAUUAUGAAAAUUCGAAGGGGGGAUAAGGGGAAAAGAGAGCGUCCGGAGGAGAGGAAUCAAGUUCGCUGGAAGAUCAGUGGAGUAAGAGAGCAGUUUCUAGAAAAAGCUCGAACGCAACAUGUCCCGGUUCAAAGCCUUCCAAGGGUCAUCGACCCCCCGCAGACUCGGCAAACCGUCGACCUUCUUACAAACGUCCAGACCUUUCUUAACCAUCGGGAACAUCGAAUGAAUAUUUGAUAGUCCGCGGCCGGCCGGGCCUCUGACCUUCGAAAUUCGGCAGCUUUUACCGUAAUUGGUCCGCCGAUUAAAGCCAUCGUCUCGAAUCUCUCGGAUCUUUAACGGCUCGACUUUGACGCGAUAGACAAGCUUUUUCCGAGGAAUGAUCCGAAAGAAAGGAAGAAAUUUUCUUCCACGAGUGAAGAGAAAAGAGAAGGAGAGAGGAUAAAAAUUUGUAAGAAGAUCGAAAAAACACAAGAGUGUGAAGGAUGGAGGCUAGCGAGUGGGAUCACGCGACCUUGAGAGAAGAGGAAUUCGAGCAGCAUGCGGUAUAUUUGGUACCGGAUGUGUCGGCAUCGCCUGGCGAUACCAAUCGUGCGGAGGCAUCCCUGCCAAGAAAUUUGGUCCUCAAACCUUCUCAGGCCCUCAACGAUGUUUUGGGCGUGUGGAGCACAAGUUACAUACCCAAGGGGACGCGGUUCGGUCCCCUCGUGGGCCAUGUGUACACCAAGGACUCGGUGCCGGCCGAUGCGAACCGGAAGUACUUCUGGAGGGUGUACAAAAACAACGAGCUGUUCUACUACAUCGACGGUUAUGACGUCCAGAAAUCAAAUUGGAUGCGUUACGUAAACCCGGCUUAUUCGUCCGAAUCGCAGAACCUAAUAGCAUGCCAGUAUAAGAUGAACAUUUAUUUUUACACGAUCAAGCCGAUACUACCGAAUCAAGAGCUUCUGGUGUGGUAUUGCAGGGAGUUCGCGGAAAGGCUCAAUUACCCGUUGACGGGUGAACUAAUGCUUCAAAGAAUACGACAACAAGUGCAACAAUCUGCGUUACCGACGGAAAUUCCAGCGACCGUCGAUGUGGUGUCGCCUCUAAAGGACUCGUCGAUCUACGAGAGACGGUCGCAAAUGACCCCGACGGACGGUUCGGUUAGAUCGGACGAGGGCUACCAUUCGAACGGUUAUCACGACGAGAUCCUCACCCCCCCGGAAGAGAGCAGCGAGUCGGACUCGGAGAACAAUUACGUGCUCGAUUUCAGCAAGAACGCGAAAACGUCGGUGUGCAGCAACGAGGUGGUGAAGCAGGACAAUGCGGCCGCGAAGAACGAGUACAGGAAGGUCAAGAUCAAGAUCACAAAGACGUACGGCAACUUUCAAACGUCGAAGAGCCUGGAUGGAAACGGAAAAGACAAGGAUCAGGAAUUGGCCAGCAGGGCGGUGACCCCGGAACUGCAGAAACCCGUGUCGCCCAUUAUUCUUCAGAAGAGCGUUGUCCUGACCACGGUCACAGAGGACGAGAUCCCGGAGAAAAACCCGAAACCCUUCUACGAGUCCGAGGUCAAGGGUGGCGCGUUACCGGUGGCCGGUGCUAGGCCGGCGUACCUCGCCAGCCCGAGCAGCUCCAUCCUCGAGAACAUCCUCCUUCGAACCGCCACCGACAACAACAACAACAACAACAACACCAUCAACACCGGCCACAACCAUCACCACGGCAGCAACGGCCAACAACAGCACCACCAGCACCAGCACCAAACGAUUCACCACCAAACGCACGUCGACUCGGUCACGCCGCCCCCGUCCAGCCCCACGGAGAUGGCGUACUCUUACAAAAAGUCUCACCGCUACGGCAACAUUUUGCCCUGCAGCCCCGACUCGAGCUCCAAUCUCCCUAUGCAACCGGACACGUGCGUCAACUCGACGAGCGGGAACAACGGCGCGAACCUGCCCAUGCAAAGCCCGACCGGCAACUUACACUCGAGCACGGGCAGCCUUCACUCGAGCACGGGCAACCUCCACUCGAGCCCAACCGGGCCCAACAACCUGCUGCAAUCCCAUCCGGGUAACAUCCACUCGUCCGGCAACGGCUCGACGAGCAACAACAACCAUCACUCGGGGGCGGGCGUGCUAUCCUCCACCACGAUACUCACGUCCACGAGCAACCUUCACCCCUCGACCACGUCCAACCAGGGUUGCCCGUCCAAGAGAAAGACCAAGAGCCCGUCGCCGAAUCCCGCCGGGGGCGCGAGCACGACCCCGACCACCAUCCUCUACUCGAGCUCGGGAGGAUGCCAAAUAGACUCGAGCCCCGUCUACCCCAACUCGGCGGCCAACAGCAAUCAGAGCGUAUCCCCCAUCUCCCCCAUACAGUCGCCCUCCUCCUACCCCUACGGUAUUUACCAUCAGAACGGCUCGCUGCACCACAACGUGGCCCCGUUGUCCAUCAACUGCACCGCCUAUUCGCCGACCCCGAGCGGGAACGUGGUUUACGAGAGGACGGACGGGAGGCGGCUGGAGGCCGCGACGAGCAGUCAUCAACUGCCGACCUCGUCCACGAUGCAGAUAGACGGGAACCAGACGUUGAUAGCUGGCACGCACAACCUCCACCUGGGCCACCACCCGGGCCUCACCAUCCACGCCAACUCCUCGUCCUCCCUCAACCGAUACUCGCCCGCGAGCUCCCUGUCCCCGGACGACCACGGCUGCUCGCAGAGCGGCUCGCUCAGCCCGAACUCGCAGGGGUCGAGGGGUUACAGGUCGUUGCCGUACCCGUUGAAGAAGAAGGACGGCAAGAUGCAUUACGAGUGCAACGUGUGUUGCAAGACGUUCGGCCAACUGUCGAAUCUCAAGGUACAUCUGAGGACUCAUUCCGGCGAGAGGCCGUUCAAGUGUAACGUUUGCACCAAGAGUUUCACGCAGCUGGCCCACCUGCAGAAGCAUCAUCUCGUCCACACCGGUGAGAAACCGCACCAAUGCGAGAUCUGCAAGAAGAGGUUCAGCUCGACCUCCAACCUCAAGACUCAUCUGAGACUGCAUUCCGGCCAAAAGCCCUACGCCUGUGACCUGUGCCCCGCAAAAUUCACCCAGUUCGUUCACUUGAAGUUGCACAAGAGGUUACACACCAACGAAAGGCCUUACACCUGCCAAGGUUGCGACAAGAAGUACAUUAGCGCGAGCGGUCUUAGGACCCAUUGGAAGACGACCAGUUGCAGGCCGAACAAUAUCGAGGAUGAGCUCGCCCUUGCCGCGGCCGUUGGCUCGCCGACGUAUUACGAGUACGGUCCGGACAUGAACGUCGGAAACAUGCCGAAGGAAUGCGAAUUGGAGCACAUCGAUAAUUACGAGAGGCACGGAUCCACUCACGGCCCACACUCCACGUCUCUCCACAACUUGGAGAAUUCCGUGGGGCGGCCAAGCGUCAUAGAGACCUCCCAGCCUCACAUAAUCGAGUGCACCUAAAAAUGGGGGUAUGAGCCCUUUCGCUCAAACGCAAAAUCCAGCCGUGGAAUAGUAAACGAGUUGCUCACGACAAACGAAAACGAUGUUACCCUCGUGAGAUGGCAGUGAGAGCCAUACUCGCGGUUCCACGAUUCCCUUCGAAAUGGGAAAACCGGAGGAAAAUGUUUUUCGAAAAUGUGCUUUUCCUUCGUUUCGCUUGGUCGCGUAAGAAAAGCAGCGUGUAAGAAGAAACGCGUGAACAGAGAGAUGGUGACCGUCGACGAUCGUCGUGAUCGAAAAUGUGAGUGAGAUAUUAUGUGUGCAACAAAUGAUUCGAAAUUGUUGAAGGAAAAAAAGAAGAAGAAGAAAAAAACUGUUGUUGCUUGGUUAUUGUUAACGCGAAGGAAUUCAAAGCUUUUAGUAGAUAACACUUCUUGAAAGCUGGUUAUACUUUUUACGUACGUCAAACGUAACGCGAAACGUAGUUCGAUUUCUCUGACGAGGGUGGAAGAAUCGACGAGAUUCCAGCUACGAGCAUACAAAGUUCCUUCCUUGUAAAUACUCGUUUCUAUAUUUUUUCUAUGGUAGCGCCACCAACGAAAACGCGAAUCUAGAAAGAAAGAAAGAAAGAAAGAAAGAAAGAAAGAAAAAAGGGGAGAGAAAGAAACGUGAGACAAACGUGAAACAAAAGUGGGACGAAAUAAACGAUAAUAGGAUUAAUUAUGUCUCGAGUCGUCACACGCUGCCAUUUCCGGAUAGAAUCGAGAGAAAGCGAGUACCAAAGUCGUUCGAGCUUCUCGAUUAUCCUUCCACGGUCUAUCCUAAAUACGAUGCUUAGAAAAGGUACCGUACUAACGCGGUACAAUCGUUUUUUCUAUUCUAUAUAUAUAUAUACAUACAAACCGCUGAAAAAAGAAAAGGGAGAGAGAGAGAAAAAAAGAAGAAAUACUUCCACAAAUACUUCCAACGUUCGGCUGAUAAAACAGAAGACGGACAAACUCUCCAACGAGCAAUUUCUAACUCUCUAUCGCGCCACGCGUUCUAACACGCCACGAUGCGCAGUUUGUACCUUUUUUAUUAUAACGAUAAUUCGAACGCUUAGGACGUUGAAACGAAUUUCGACCACAUUUCCUGCAGAAGCAAACUGGACGUGUAUAUAUGUAUAUAUAUAUUUUAUAUAUAUAUAUAUAUAUAUAUAUAUAUAUAUAUAUAUAUAUAUAUACAUAUAUAUUUUCCUUCUUCCUCGCGGUAUCACGGUACCAUUUUCUACGCGUUCGAGCUUAGGCGGUUUGAAAGUGAAAAUGAAUGGCGGAUUUUGUCGGCAUCCGUCAGCGCAUUCGCGGCAAACGCAACGCGUGAGGAAACAAUAGCGAGAGUAAACGCGUAAUGUUAAAACGAACAACCAGUGACGACACGACUGCAACUAUACGAGACCUGUACCUGUAUAUACUAACAUUACUAUUAAUUAUUCGAUAAUUUAAAGAAAAGGUAAUAAUAUAAGGAGCUCUAAUUUAUGAAUACCUUUAUAUAUGUAUAUGUAUAAAAUCGUCGUCGGUUGGCGAAGAAGCACGGUAGGCUGCGCUCUACGAUAAUCUUUUUUAAAUAGGGAGGAAAUCAUUUCAGAAAUUAGGUAAUUUAUUACACGUAACUGUAGUUAAAAACGUUUAAAAAAAAAAAAAAAAAAAAACACGGGGGAAAAAAAGCUUUCGGUGAUCGAGUAUCUAUAUCUAUAUUUAUACACAUUCAUAUAAAUAUAAACAUAUACAUAUAUAUAUAUAUAAAAAUAUAUAUAUAUACAUAUAUAUAUAUUUUUUAGGCGUCCUUUUGUCGUGGAAUUUUCGGAAAACGGAAAGCAUAGUCUCUUGGUCCACGCGAACGAAUAUAUAUUUUUUUUUUCUCCUUUCUUCCCCCGACCCCUUUUUCUUUCCCCUUCUCUUCCCCCAUCCCCCUCGAAUUUUCCCUUUUCGCAACGCUAUGUAUCUCUUCUCGUUUCCAGAUCGAUCGAUUUUCAAAACUAUCGUACCGACACACACACACACACACACACAUACACGCAUACUCAUACACACACACGCGUCUUUCGCAUCGUCAAUAGAGAUAAAUAUAAAAAAAAAAACGUCAAUAAAAUGCGAUAACACACAAGUUAAUCGGGAGGAUCGUCGAUUUUAAUCAUCACGGUUCGAUCUCGUUCGACGAAGAGAGAGAAAGAGAGAGAGAGAGAGAGAGAGAGAGAGAGAGAGAGAGAGAGAGUGUGUGUGUGAAAGAGAGAGAGCCUUAUCUUUCCCGUUUUAUCGCGAUCGCGCACAAAGUUCGUUUAUUCAUCGUGACGUGGAGCGCGAUUAAGGAAGUUGAUUAAUUUUGUGAGAGAGAGAGAGAGAGAGAGAGAGAGAGAGAGAGAGAGAGAGAGAAGAGAAGAAUUAUUGGCGGAGAUAAGCGCGGUGGAAAACGCAGUAUUCAGAAUAAAAGGCAUUAAAAUCGUUUAAGUAUCGACAGGAAGGCGGUCGAGAAAAAUCUCGCGGUGUACAAAAUACAUAAUUCGGUCGGGGUCGAAGACUCGGGCGUGAUUUUCAUUGGGGAACAAGUCGAAAGCGCACAUUAACGCACGGGAACAUUGGAUAGUGAAAUUUAGACAGGAAUGAAAAUGAUGAUCAUCCGAGGGAAGGAAAAAUCUAGUCAAAAAAAAAAAAAAAAAAGAAAAAAAAAAGAAAAAAGAAAAAACAUGGCUGCGUCUCGUGGGUAAUAUUUUUUUCGUGUAACAAUCAACAAAAUCCGCCUGAGCCUUCCUCCCUUUCAAUUUUUCGGCUCGCGCUUCGAUUUUAGCACGUGAACGUUUUCUUUUUUUUUUUUUUUUUAGCACAUAAAGAAUUGUAACUGUUUCUAGGUGUACGUAAAGUUACUCGGUAAAAAUUACUCAAAUCUUGAAAUUUGUAAGAUUCGUUUUUUGAAGCUAUUUAAAUUGGCAAAAACGAUACGACGAAUUUUUUUUUCUUUCCUUUUCUUAUCGAGAACAAGAAAGCAAAUAAUAUUAAUAAUAAUAAUCGUAAUAAUAAUUAUAAUAAUAUUAAUAAUAAUACUAAUAAUAUUAAUAAUGAUAAUAAUAAUAUUAAUAAUGAUAAUAAUAACAAUAAUAAUAAUAUUAAUAAUAAUAAUAAUAAGAGUAAUAGUAAUAAGAGUAAUAGUAAUAGUAAUAAUAAUAAUAAUAAUAAUAACAAUAAUAGUAGUAGUAAUAAUAAUAAUAAUAUAAUAAAAAUAAUAAUAAUAACAACAACAACAAUACUGAUCACCAGUCGAUUGUUCGAAGAGUUCGAUAUCGCACGAUCGACUAAAAAAAAAAAAAAAAAAAAAAAUUUAUCGAAAAAAAUUCGAAAUCGUAUUAAUCAGACCGGUGACAAUGGCCACGAACCAUUGAUUUCUUCUUUUCUUCUUUCUUUCUAUUUUGUAUCUUCCAUUUGGUUUCAGAAUCAUCGUGAAUUUCGUAAAUUUCGUAAAUUUCGUACUUCCAUUAAUUAUUUAAGUGCCGAAUCGUCGACAAUUGAAAUCAAUGAGAAAAAGCGCAGCCUACCAAUUAGAUACGAAACGAUAAAAAGAAUCGCAAUCGGUUGAUGAUUCACGCGUCUCCUGGAUCUCUUGACACGAAUUUUAUAAGACGAAUGGAAGAACAAGGUGACGUUGGAAUCGCUAAUCGAUAACGAUAGCACAUUACGAUGUAUCGCAGACUGAUAUACGCACGGUUAUAAAUCGUUUAUAAAAAUCAUUCUAAUAAAAAAAAAAAAAAAAGAAAAAAAAUAUAUAUAUAUCUAAGUGCAUCGCGAUACGACUUCAAGGGUAAAAGAUACGAUUAAAACAGCAAGCAAAAGAAACAAAUGGCAUGAAGCACAGACCGCGUUUGAUGACAAUUUAUAUUCCAAAAACUUCUUUUCUUAAAUGCCUCAGUUUCGAGAAAAAGAAAAAAAAGAAAAAAAAAUAAAAAAAAUAAAAAUAAAAAAAAAGUAAAGAUCGUCACGCGCAACUCGCGUGAACGAUUAACCUAGAGAAAUCCAAAGGUUCCGCGUCCACUAAUUGCAAUCUAUCCAUCAUCUAUCCAUUUUAGCUUGGAACGUGACAAGUUCAAUGGUUCCUGGAAAUAUCAUGGUGCUCGUUAUAAGAUUUUUCAAACUGAUCAUUUAGAUUUCGUUUCUUCCGUUUUGCUGUACUCUUUUUGUGAAAAGGGUCCUUUUUUAAAUACACAUAGAAUCUCUAUCGGCAAACGAUACUUUGACGCGUCAGUUAAGUUUAAGACAGCUUUAAAGUUAACUUUUUAUUUUGGCGAAUCUCCGUAUCCCAGAAGAAGAAAAAAAUGAGAAAACUAAAAAAUGAAACAAAGGGAAAAUAAUUAAAACAAAGAAAGAAAGAGAGAGAGAGAGUGAGAGAGAGAGAGAGAAAGAGAGAGAAAGGAAGAGAAACAGACAGACAGACAGACAGACGGACAGACAGAAAGAGAGAGAAAGAGAGAAAGAGACGAUACGAUUCGCAAGGCCUUUAUGCUGAUUUUUGCUAACAGAUUAACAGGCAAUGUGGAAGACUCGGGCAUUCUACCGAAUGCCUAGGCCGAAUGAAAAUUUUCAGAUAGAAUGUGUACGCUAUAAUAGCGAUCUAUCGAUUAAUCGAGACACGCGCAGGACGCUGAGGACUACCGUAAUCGCGUCAAGAUCGUAGGAAAGAACACAGACUGAUAGAUUCUACGAUAUUGACCUCCCUUGACGGUAGUGAGUUUAGGCCUGCAUGUAUUCUAUGCCACGAAAACGAUAUUGGAAACUAUCGUACAAGUACAUUUUACAUUCGUUCAACGCGAUACCAUUCAUUUUAUACUCAUCAAACGUAACAGACGUUCCAAUCAUUAAUUUUAAUACUUUUGCGACCGUACAACUACCAUCCGUUAAGUAACGCCUAUAUUGAAACUAUAUUGAAACUAUAGGAUUAUAUAACCGACAUGUGUAAUACGACAAUGGUGCACAAUGAUCAUACUGGCUACAAUUUAUAUAUACAUAUAUAUAUAUAUAUAUAUACGAAAUAUCUAAUGAAUCCUAAAAAACAAAUGAUAUAAUUGAAUUUCAGCGAUCGCAAAAGUGUUGAUUACCGAAUCGAUCAAUCGAUCACGUAUAUUUUUUUACAUGUUCAAAGUACGAUAUCGAAGUUGGGGAAAUGGUUUCCAGUGGCGUUUUGUCGAUUGUCAUUCCGUAUAUUGCCUCGAUUUCCUACCUUGCCUGCAUUAAACGCACUAUUAUAAAUAAUGAGAUAAAGAGAUGAAAGAGAAAGAAAGAAAGAUAGUGUGAAAGAAAGCGAACGAACGAUGAAUGAGCGAACGAACGGAGGAGCGAAAGAUAAGAGAGAGAAUGAGAGAGCGAAAGUGGAAGAGAAAUAAACCUAGAGCGUAAGAUUUAAAUUUGCGAAAAGAACAAAAAACAGAAAACAUGAAAACGGUAUAAAGAAUGGAAAAUUAAGAAGAUCGUGUAAAUACGCUGAAAGUAGAUAAAACGAAGAAUCAAGCGACUAACCGCCUCGACAACAGACAAGCAAUAUUUAGUUCUUACCAUCUCGUAAUAAUUAAACGAUAACUCCAACUGUACUGUACACACGUGUACACACUCGUACGUAUUUAAACGACUAUAAAUUAAAUGUUAAUUAUCCUUACACUUCGUAUAUAGUAAAUUGUUACGCAUUUAUUAUCAUUACAAUUAUUGAAUAGAUAAUGCUCAAUUAGCAUUUGUUUCUUAAAAUAAAGAAUAAAUAUAUGGCUGUUGGAUAUUUA